AUCAGUGUUAAUUAUUCUAACCCAAAAACCAUAAUUGGCCACGGCCCCGCGUUCACUGUCAAAGAACAUGGGUUGUUUAUUCGUGGGUGUGGUCGCAGCAAAGUGAAAUAUGUGUCGGGUUGUCGCCUACGAGGACAAACUGUUCCAGCUCGUCCACUGUCACGAUAUUGUCUGUCGAGGACGUGACAGGUGUGACAUUUUUGGAGUGCCUCAUUGGAACCGCAAAACCCCGCCGACAAAGAUGACGGACUCCAUACCGCCAGACACCACCGCCGUCCCGGACCCGGCUGUUGUGGAUCACACGGCGGUGAACGGCCAGUGCGAGCAGGCGGAUUCCCAGCAACAACAACAGCAGCAGCAGCAGCAGCAGCAACAGCAGCCCAGCACAGAAAGUCAGGGAGAGGGCUUUAACAUGGACCAGGAGAUGAAGAUAACAGACAGCAUAGAGGACCGAGGUCUUCUGGAAAGCAGCAUGCGCCUGAAGCCGCAUGAAGCACAAAGUUACCGCAAGAAAGCUCUGUGGGUGUCCUGGGUGUCCAUAGCAAUCACUAUCGUCUUGGCCAUCGUCGCUUUCACCGUUUCCAUCAUGCGCCACAGCGCUUCAGCUUUUGGAUUCGCCUUUGACGCCACGCUGGACGUGCUGUCCUCUGUCAUCGUACUGUGGCGGUACAGCAACGCCGCAGCCGUCCACUCAGCACACCGCGAAUACAUAGCCUGCGUUAUCCUGGGUGUGAUUUUCAUCCUGUCCUCCCUGUGCAUUCUGGGCAAGGCCAUCCACGAUCUAGCCACCAAGCUGCUACCUGAAGUGGAUGGAUUCCUCUUCAGCGUGUCCAUCGUUAGUGGCGUGGUGUGCAUCAUCCUGUCUGUGAUAAAGUUUUUCCUUGGCAAAGUGCUCACGAGCCGAGCUCUCAUCACUGAUGGAUUCAACUCACUGGUUGGGGGGGUCAUGGGAUUCUCCAUCCUCAUCAGUGCUGAAGUGUUCAAGCAUGAACCCAAGGUGUGGUACCUGGAUGGGACAAUAGGCGUCCUCAUAGGUCUCAUCAUCCUCGCCUAUGGAGUCAAGCUGCUGCUGGACAUGGUCCCACGGGUCCGUCAGACCAGGAACUACGAGCGUUUUGAGUGACGGACCACAGAGGAAAAGAAAGAGGGAGAAGAGGAGGGUUUGGAAGUUUGGGCUGACUGACUGACUGGAGAGGGACGGGGAUUAAAAUCCCUGCAGUCUCUUCAUAGACAAUCACACUGAGUCCUCACUUUGUCAGCAGAGGCUUCAGUGUCUGUAUAGUCCUUUCGUUCAAAGAUUUGAACUGAAGAUGACGAAGUCUUGGCACCUUUUAAGUGUUUUACAAUUUGGUGUAUAUAUAAUAUCUUUGUCUGUCUUUAAAAAAGUUAACGGGGCAGUCUGUUCUUUCAUGCCUCUAUAUUUAAACUAGAAGGUUAACUGUGAAAGAGUUGAACUCACUUAAAAAACAAAAAAAAAUGUUGUUGACUCAGUUGUAGAAGAGACAGAAAUGACCAAACAGGACAGGGACGAGCUUGGACUGCAGCGUGCUGGAGGCGUGUGGACUCAGAGAGUCCAUAACUCUUUAAAAGCAGCAGAUUUUUGUACAGCACGUUGAUGUACAAUACCUCAGUUACACCUCAUCGCCCUGUCAAAACACAGCAGUUUAUUUUUCCCAUGGUUCCUAGAGGCCUUUGCUCAGCUGUGCUAUAAAAUGUUGCAAUCUGAUUGAUGUAGCUGAUGUAGCAGUGGAGUAUUAAUGGUGUUUUGCCUUUUUUAUGACUAGAGAAGAUAUCAAUAAAAGUUCCAUUUGGCAUAGCAGGUAUACAAGCACACACACAACCACACACACACACAGUGAGGCUCAGUAACGUGAUGUGCUAUUUACAAUAUUUAUCUAGACUGUUGUGACGGGAGCAGGGAAGCCUGGAGUGGGCACUGUUUCAGCAGCCUAAUGCCAACACAGUCAGGUUUACAGUCCUAGAGGAUAAAAAUCAUUUUUGGCAUUCAGUCAGAUGACCUGAGUCAGCCUCCGCUGAAACAAAAACAGAAGGCAAACGUUCAAAAGCAGCUCUGUUUACAUCAGGUUCCCCACCUCUUUUGUUUCUGCAGCUUAAACCCAAGGAUAUCAGAUUUACAUUCACAACUUGUGCCAUCUAGUGACCAGAAGAGGUAACGCAGCUGCAGGUCCAUGACCACCCUCCCCCUGAGAAAGAUCUGCAGCUAGUCUAAAGUUUGUUUUAAAGUUCAACCCCGCAACUUUUUAGUCAUCAAAUUCACAGUAUAAACAUGUGAGACAAAGGACGGAAGAAACCAAUAAAAGAGGAACAAAAGCAACAUACCACUUCAGUGAUCGAUGAGAACAUCCUUAAAAUCAGACAAACAUCAGAAGUAAAGAAUCCAAAUGAGACAGUGAAACAGAGUUUGUGGCUCAUCAGAGACAGCUUGCUGACAGUGGACCUGAUCGGGUUCAGAGAGUUUGGUCAUUAGUAUUAUUGGAAAACACCUGCGAUGACCCGACUACUUCAUGUCCAAACAGCUGCUGUGAAAAAAAAAGGUCUAUUGUUGAGGAGUAUCAUGCAGGGAUUGUAGAGCUUUCAGGGAACAUUUAUGAGUUUUGUUUCUGUUCCUGAUCCUGAAUCGGCAGCUUUAGUUUGGGAUUGAGGGUAAAUGUUUCUCAUGUGAUUGGUGACUUUGACGUUUCAGCUGAUAAGAGCCAUACAUUUCCUCUAAUCAGUGCAAAAGCACCUACGGUACCAAAAGUGAAGAUUAGGAUGGACGCUAGAAACUUAUCAUACUGUGAAGGAUUACACACCAGAAACUAAAUGAUUGUUGGGAAAUACUGUGUGCACUCUGCAUGAAUCAAAGACCAAACUGUCCACACUGUCCAACAGGACACAUCAUGUCUGUUUCAGUUGUUUUUGAGCCAUGACUUUGUCAAACAUGCUUUGACUUUGUCACUUUGUAACUGUUUUUGUACAUGAUGCCUGAUCUUUUUUUGGGGGGGGCACCACGACAGUGAAACAUCGCCCACACACUGCACUGCGAUGAUAUUUGAUCUUCUCGAUGUUGCAUCCAGUGUCACUUCUUGUUUUAGGAUUUAAAAGGGCAGCUCCUGAUCUUUGUGGUGAAUUAGGUAUGUUGACUUGUAGAGUUAAUAACAGUAAUAAACCUGGUGGAUGUUUAUUAUUAUUAUUAUUUACUGAUGAAUUUAUGACUAAAGGAAACAAGCUUUUUAUACAGGAUAUUCUGAUAUUGGUCCGUCGGCCUGCCUGUAGAUGUGAAUAUGCGGAAAAGCACAAAACUGAGAUUUUACUGAAGCACAGCAGCCACUAAACUACUCACAGACCUUGAGAUGGUUAUUUCCUAAAGUAUGGAAUAACACCUGAUGGUGUUUUCAUCCCACCUGUGCUCGUUUUUUUUUAGCUCCAACGCCUUAAAUCUUACUGAUCAGUGUUUGGUGACUGUGGGAUGUGAAUGUAACAAUCAGUUUGAUGAUCAGGCAGCAGGAGGGAGUUCAUUCGUCGUCCUCAAGUCUGUGUUUGCUGCAGUGGCUGUAACUGAAUGUACACACUGUGAUGUGAAACUAGUUUAUACGGCGCACAAAUACAUAGCCUUUAGUCACAUUUUUAGGUUUAUCUGAUAACAACAGUGGUGUUUUUUUGUUUUUGUUUUUUUUAAAGGUGAUGAGAAUCAGUUUUUGGGGUUAUACUUGUGGCUGACAUGUGUAGGCGUGCAACAGGACACGUUGAGCGCAGUUCAAGACUUUUUAGAAGCACAGAAAGAUGUUUUGAAGGGAUAUUAUAAUCAUGUUGGGCUGAAGUUAAACAAACAAAUCCAUUAUGUUAUUAUUAUCCACAUAAGCACACAAUAGCCUCUGUUAAACUCAUUUGCCUGCUCUCAAACUCUUGGACUCAAAUGAAAUUACUCUUCACGGGGUAAUAAUUCCUCUGCAAAGUAAUUUAUGCUCUUGGAAAAAAAAAAGUCUUCGGAAGCACAUAAAUCUGCGCUCAAAUUGUCCCAUCGCACACUAACUAAUGAAACAAGUACACACACACACACACACACACACACACUGUGGGAUUCCAGCUGCUGACUGUACUUUUCUGUGCCGGUGUAAAUACUGAAUCUGUAUUGCUGUGAUGUAAAAUAAAUAUUAAACCAGAGUCGGAGCCUUUUGUCACAGAAAAAAGGUUUAUUUAAAAAUAAAGUUAUAUCCCUCUUACUCGUCAAGGACUGUGAAAAACCAAAACAUGUUGUCGUUGCGUUAUUCACCUCCCGCUUGCUCGGACCACAAUCAUCAACACUCUGCUGUUUCAGACACUGACAGCUUCAAACAAGGGUGGAGAUUGAAAGAACACAGAUUGAUACAUGGAUGACUGUAAGUAGCAGGAUUUCUUUCUUUUUUUUUUGUAAUGCAUUGGAUGCAGUUUUGUUCUACACAACCUUUGCUGAUGGCACGGUGUUCCAGUUUUUCCAGGAACAGACGGAGCCGAUCUCUCCUGAAACCAAACAGUUGAUGGACAGCAUGCUUUGAAACAUAAAGGAAAUAAGGCUUUUACUGCAACAAAACAGGUUCGACUGUCUUGAGAGCUGUUCACGGAGAAAGACAUCACUGUUCUUUCUAUUAAAUGGAGGUCAGAAUGUUUGUUAACACUCGGUUUUCUGAUUUGAAUCAUUACGGACUCUGACACAUAUGAAGACAAGUGUGGUCAUCUUCUAGAUUUUUCUUACUGUCAACCAAUCUCAGGAAAAGAGCAAAACAAUAAAAGUAUCCAGAGCCUCUGUGGAGUGGAAAACGACAUGAUCAUGGGCAUAGAUAUUCUCUAGAGCAAAUGAAAAUAGUCCCCAACAGAUUCACAAUUUACCCCCUUUUGAGUAAAGUUUGCUAAAAAACUACAACGCCCAGCUGUCUUAGUAAAUCACCUGCGAGCCGUCUUUAGUAGUCAUGGGAUUUGUUGACAGUAACAAAACUACAGAAUAUGGUGAACCUUUAAAAAUCACCGCAGGAAGUCGCGUGCACAAAAUCAAAAACACAGACGACUGCUGUGAGUGAUCCGGGUUAAGCCCGAGAAAUCUAGAAAACCCACUGUGUCGUACAUGUGCUACUCCAAAACACCAAAUCUCACAUGUAAUCUGAUUACUACAGAACAUGUCUGUAGUCUUCUGGUGUAACACUUAAGUUUCUCAUGUUCCUAUAAUAACUAAUCAAUAUACUUUCUCCAAGUCAACCAAACUAAUUGUGAGGUUUGAAGCAAUUAAAUUAAAUGAUUUAUAUUAGGUUAAAACAUUUGAAUGAAUUUAAUUCAACUUAAAAAUAAAACUUUUACUUUUUUUUCUGAUAAAAGGUGUGACUCCCCCCCAUCACGUUCACAUGUUGGCCCUCAGCCCUGACAAACCUCAGCGGCCUGAGCGAUGAUGAGAACAGAAGCAGGCAGAACCAAAAGUUAACAAUGAAAAAGGCACAUCAUGUUCUUUGAAACACUAACUUGGCGGCAGAUCACUGACCUGUUUUAAAAAAGUAAAAAAACAAAACA